AUGGCCCAACAAAGUGAAAUUUUAGAUUUUUCAGGUUUAUUUAAACUAGAUGUUUUGUUACAUCUUGAUAUUGUGACAUAUAGCUUUUAUGAAGUCGGACAAAAGAAAUUUUUCGCUUUUACAAGUGAUAAAGAAUUUGUUUUAAUAUAUAUUACUCCUCAAAUGGAACGUAUGGAAAAGAAUUAUGAUUGGGAUUUUCUUGAUAAUCCAAUUCACUGUAUGUGUUUUGAACCGAGUGGAACGUGGGUGAUCAUAGUUAGCGAUCAGAAGGUUUUGCUUGUGCCAUUUCUACCUCUGUUCAUUCCUCAAAAUGCCUUUGACCAGAAGUGGUCAUUGUCGAGGGUUACAGUUUUGCCUUUGGGAAAUGUAUUAAAUCCUACGUCGUUGACGUGUUGGUUGACUAAGGAGUCCGAGAACAUUCUGAUUAUAGGCUCCAAGACAGGAAGUAUAAUAUUUUAUUCACUAGAGUCACAAAAUAUUGUUGGGGAGUGUAGAGUGCAAGGUGAAAUCACUGAUUUGCAAAUAUGUUAUGAUGAUUCACUGGACCUAUUGACUCUGUUGAUAUCUAUCAGUAAAUCACAACAAUGUAAGUUGGUCCUGGAACAUAGGUCCUUUGGAUACAACUGGCUACAACAAACCAGAGCGCAAAAUGAUAAGGAUAAGAGAGAUGGGUUCAUGUCAUAUAUCAAACAAUUGUCAAAAGAUAAAAUCACCUUUUUCAUACAGGGUGGCUCUAAAGAUGAUAACAAAUCCCAAACUGUAGAAUAUGUCUUGAAGCCGACAGAGUACCUACCAUUAUUCCGUAAAGGAUCAAACAACUGGGCACUGACAGCGCAAUAUGUAAACGGUAGACAUUUUCUGACAGCAUUUGAAUUAAAUGAGGGCACUCUCAUUUUGGAAAGCCCUGAAGAAGAUACGCCUUCAAGAACAUUGAGGCCAUAUAUAAAGAAAGAUGGCUUAUAUGUUCAGGGUUUAUGGUCGCAACGUAUUAUCUACCUUAUACGAAAGAAUGAAGUUGAAGUACAUUCUUCUAGUUUUUCUGUAAUUCAGGGUGAAGCUCUCCUUGGUGCAAAGCGUGAAAGUUCAGAGUUAUGGAACGCCGAGUUGAUCGGAGACGUGCGUCGUGCACAUCUGAUGUCGGUGAAAGACCCUCCGGUGAUGACUGGCGGAUGGCGUGAACCUACCUUUAUGUGCGACUUGCAAGUGCCGCGCUUUAACCUCGAACCGUGUUUCAUUGUUACCAAUCAGGGUGCCUAUAUUUUAAAUACUGUUUCGGAAGCGUCGGAGUGGCUGGUGGGGCUGAUAACGCGCGGGGGCGCGGGCGCGGAGCAGUCGUGCGCGGCGCUGGGCGCGCCGCUGCCGGCGCUGCUGCGCGCCGCCGCCGACCUGCUGCUCUCGCGGGGCAAGCUCGCGCCCGCGCACUACCUCUACAGCCUGCACCAGAGUCAACCGGACGGUUGGGUGGCGCGUCUCGGCGUAUUCGGUCGCAUCAGAGACCUCGCAGAAUACAAAAACACCGGUAACAUUGGAAGCCUCGGCGAUGCAGCCGUUACGGUCAAACUCCUCGCUAUGCUGCUCAAUAUGGAGACGUCUAAUGAGUGGCAGGGUUUUGAUUCAGAUAUCAAACUCACAAUAUUGAGUCAAGUGGAGUUACUUGAAUUAUGUUCAUUCGCUGCCUCAGUUGGUCUAUGGGACGUGGUGCCAGUAUUUAGCAUCCAACGCGGCUAUCCGUAUAUCCUUCUUUAUGCUUUGAAAUCAAGAAAUGAUAUGUGUCGCGGAGCUAUUGAUUGCCUUUUAAAGCAGAGAUGUCUUGUGCCUCUCUUACUGGAACAGAAUGGUCAAUGGCUAUUUGACUAUAUCGUUGACAAGCGCAAUGAGUUGGAUACUAAUAUUUUAAAGUGCUUGUGCUUAUGGCUAAAUCCAUUACAAGAACAGCUGCGUCCGUUAAUGCGAGAUUUGAAUCAAGGCAUAACAUCAAUAUACACAGCAAGACUGCAGCAAUUGAUAACAACAUUCGUACACAUCGCUUGUGUGAUUGAAUCUCGCGAUCCAUGUCCAGAUAUACAUCUGGAAAUAACACAAAGCGCUGAAACUUGGAAAAAUCAGUUCACGCCUAAGAGAGCCCUGAGCUGUGGCCUGGCCCACUGGGCCGUCGUCGACGACGGUAAUGCCAAGAUUAUGAUGACGCACACUCCAGUAAACACCGAGUUGAUCGGCAGAGUCAUCGAUGUGGCCUGCGGGCGACACCACACUUUGGUCUUGACUGAAAAUGGGAUAUACGCGGCGGGCGACAACAGCUUCGGGCAGCUGGGCGUGGGCGCGCGGUGGGCGGGGGGCGCGGGGGACGCGGCGGCGAGCGCGGGGGCGCUGCGCCACGUGCGCGCCGCGCCCCCCGCGCCCGGCGCCGCGCUGGCGGCCGGACACUACCACUCCGCCGCCGUCGACGUGGGCGGCCGCCUCUACAUGUGGGGAUGGGGUGUCCACGGUCAACUGUGUCUCGGCACCAUAGACGAUGAAUGGUCGCCAAAGUUAGUUACUAAAUUCCAAGGAAGAAAGGUACUAAGUGUCGGUUGUGGUGCUUGCCAUACGGUGGUGCUGAUGAAGAACGGAGAAGUAUGGGCUUGCGGGGCCGGAGUGUUCGGCCAGAUCGGACAGGGCAACAGAAACAAAGCUUCGGUGCCACUACGAGUACCCAUACCAGACACGGUCGUUGCUAUUGCUGUUGGAUACUUCCACAACGUGGCGCUGACGAGCCGCGGCGCGGUGUGGGCGUGGGGCGGGUCGCCGCAGCAGGUGCGCGCGGCGGCGGCGCGGCGCUGCGCCGACUCGCCCCCCGCGCCCCCUGCAACCGCCGCACCCGCCCCCGCGCCCGACCUGCACCUCGUGCCCUGCCUCGUGGACAUCUCCAAUGUACGAGGACACGUCGUACAGAUUUCGGCCGGUUGGCAUCACUCCUGCAUUCUUGACAAUGCUGGGACUAUGUACACGUGGGGUCUCAACUUCGAUGGCCAACUUGGAAGUGGUGAUAGAAAACAGAUUCAAAUUCCAACAGAAGUUAAAAUUCGUACAGAUACACAACCGGACACGGUGAAGAAUAGUGGUAAUAAAACCCCAGAUGUAGAAUAUAAGAGUUUGAAAACAAAUGCAUUGAUGGCCUGUGGAGGUGACUUCACUGUUUAUAUCGAUGACGAUGGCAGAAUUUAUGCAACGGGAAACACUCAUAUACAGCUCAAUAAUGAAAAGGAAAAAAGUAACAAUCGUGUUAUUAUGAUGAAGACUACGAAACGUGUCAUAAAGAUACCGACGAGAGGCAACAACAAGUUUCUAUUUCAACCUAUCGACAGAAUUGAUAUCAUGUUCCCGUUCGAUGUAGACGAUACGCGAAGAAACCCAAUUGAAACCAAAUUUAACCCCCUGACGCGUAUGAAUGAUUUUAAAAAGGAAUCCUGGGCGGAUGGUAUCAUUAUGGUACUUAAACAGUGGGUCAAUGAAGAAAACUUUAAAGGAAAUCUAAAUAUGGCAGCUAAGUUUGCAUAUCAUAACAAAGUUUAUGCCCAAUGUUUAAGGUUUUUAUUAGAAAAUUUGAAAACCGAACCACAAUGCGAUCACAUUUUUGUAACUCACACUCCAAUGGAAAAUGAUGAAAGUAGAAAUGGUGUCACUAAUGAAAAAGGUAUCGAGAACAAAGAGGCACUCAAAAGAGUAAUUAAUGAUGUCAUGACUAAACGUAUUAAGCAGGUGUCUAUGUCAAUACUUAAUGAAGAACCAUAUCCUUUAAUCGACCCACUUGCUUAUAAAGCGCUGCCUUGCUGCUGCACAGAACUAAAUUACUGCAAAAUGGGUACAUACCCAAAAACCACUGUCAAUAUAUCUGAUUGCGAUAUAUCUAAGAAAGCAGCUCAGGUUAUAGAUAGAUGUAUAAGUAUGUUUCCUGUUGAUACAGAAUUGUGGGAGGAGUGCUUUCGUCUGUCCAAAGAUUUCUAUCUUGAUCACGAUUUGUCUAUAUCAGACUUAGAGGUGGUCUUACGUAAGUAUAUGGAACAAAACGCUACAACUAUGGCUUCAGCCAUUAUGUAUUCGAAUGAUUGUGCUCAAUAUAGUAAGAUACUGUCCCCGAAAUUUUACCUAAACAUGUGCAGUCAAGUGCUGGAUACUUGGGGUUGA